GCGCCAUUUUCCGAUAUCAUAUUUUUUCUAGGUGUAUAUACAACAUUUUUUUAAUAAGUUAAUUUUUACUUGGUUCAUUUUAUGUAAAGGGUGGCGCAACAAGAACUGCAAUUUUAAAUCAAUGAAAAAAACUCGUUUUUUUUAAUGUUCAUGUUUAGUGGUAUCAAUAUAAUUAGUGCACAUGGGAAUUAUGUGUGGAAAAUGACAUCGGCGAAAUGGCCACCUCGGCUCCUGUUACAGAUGACGACUCUUUGAGCAAAAUUUUCAAUAACGGAUUUACAUAAAUGGAUACGUAUAUCUGCAAUGACACGAGUGAUGUUGGAUUUAAGGUCAUCGAUGGUUUUUGGAUUCUGGGCGUACACUUGAGAUUUAACAUAACCCCAGAGAAAAAAAUCUAAAGGGGUUAAAUCACACGAUCGUGGCGGCCAAUUCACAUUUCCUCGACGAGAAAUUACACGGUCGGAGAACUUUUCCUGCAAUAAAGCUAUUGUUUCAUCAGCAGUAUGACAAGUAGCCCCAUCCUGCUGGAACCACAUGUUUUCCAAGUCCAAAUCGUUCAAUUGAUGCCAAAAAAGUUUGAAUCAUGCCACUAUAUCGAUUUCCAUUGAUUGAAACUUCUUGACCAUGUUCAUCUUCGAAGAAAUAAUUUCUAAGCGUUCUGCAAUCGUAUACCGCUGCAUGAUUAAUUUAUGGGUUAUGUAGAUGGCGCAUGUCCAUUAUAAAUAUUAUACGUUUGAUAGCUGAAAAAUGGCGGCAAAUUAAAAAUUGCAGUUUUUGUUGCGCCACCCUUUAUAUAUAUAUAUAUUUAUUUAUUUAUAUCUCAUGAAGAAAGGAAGAAAAAUACAAUUAUUUAACCUUUCCGAUUUUUCUAAUCGCUCGAUAAUAAUCUAAUCAUUCGUUACAAGUUGUAUAUAUAGUAUAAACUUCUCAAUUCUUUCUUGAAAUCUGUUUACAUUUAGCGACUGAUACUGAUAGAACUAUGUGUGACCUUAACAUGUUUACGUAUUAUUACUACUUCUGUGUCAUUUCAGAUAUUCGUAUUCCUUCGCCGUGGUAAGACUUAAUCACGAUGAUAGCGUAGUGAUAUGUUUCCAACGUAAAGCAGUAAUAACUAAUUGCACUAUUUCUACAUACAUUAAAAUCGCUAUAAAAUGCAGGUAAGUCAGCAGAAACAGUUGAUAUAUUUAUUUCCAUUUAAAGAUAAAAAUGUAAAGAGCAAACAAUGGAGUAGGGAUACCAGAAGAGCACAACUUGUUGAUAUAAAACCUAAAAUCCACUUCUUUGUUGUGAGUUGACAUAUUAUUAUAUGUUUUGCUUAAAUUUGUUUCGUUAUCAGAUAUACAAAAUGCAUAAACUUUUUAUAAUCUUGUAAAAUAAUAUUAUCAUUAUUAGUAACACGAUUUAUUAAUAAAAAAGAAAAAGUACAGAAAAAAAGCUUUUUGUGAGAGGAUGUACAUGAUAUUUUCUAAUUAUUUAAUUUUGUUCUGAUAACCAAAUGUUCUUACAGAUAUUUGAAAUAAAACUUGGCACCCUAUUCCAUCAACUAUUUCUAAGUGGUAUUAUGUUCACUACUGUGAUAACAUGGAUACAAGCGGAACAUCAAUCUACCGAAAAUAAUUCAUAUAGAGAACUUGGUUAUCGUUUAUCAAAAGAUGUCGUGCCACGACACUAUAAUAUCAGCAUAACAUUUUCUCCAUUGAUGUCCUCUUUUCAAGCCAAAUGCGAAAUUGAUAUUGAAAUUCUCAAAGCAAUAUCAAAUAUAAGUUUACACAGUCACUACACAAUCGCACUUGAAAAAUAAAAAAUAAAACUGUUUAUGCAGAAUGAAGAAUCUCAACGCAGAACAAGUCCAUACAUAUAUCCAAACAGACUUGACGAAAACAUUGUAAAUCUCUAUUUCGACCAGGUACCUCCUGGAAAUUAUACUCUGCUUAUACCCUACAAGAAAUUUAUUCAUUAUGACAGAGAGGAGGAAGGUUAUUUAAAACUUUUAUUUGAGCCCGAUGCGUAUCACCGAAUGCGUCAUGGACCAAUGCGUAAUGGACAGUGAGUUACCAUUAUAAGUAUUUAUAUUAUUAAAAAAUAAUACCUUAAUAUUCAUUAAUAUAAAAUACACAAUACUAUACAAUAGUAAUUAUUACGUUAUAGAGUGACAAAUAAUUUUAAGCGACUGCCUAAUGCUUGCAAUAACAUCAAUAUGUUAAAUUAGAUAGUUCUUCCAAAUUAUUUGCCUUUUUAUAAAAACACGUAAUAAUAAAAUACGCUAAAUGUUCUUCUUUAAAUAAAGUUCUUUACUUGCUUGUUGCUCUACUUGAUACUCCUAUUCAAUUCAUUUUUUUGACAAUUUAUCAUAUUAGGAAUGUCCUUAAAACAGGCAUAGAUUGCUGGCAACAAAUAUUCAAUCUAUUGAAGCUCGAAAAUGGUUUCCGUGUUGGGAUGAGCCGGAACUUAAAGCAACAUUUCAAAUUAGAUUCAAGCAUGAAAAGAAAUAUAAGAUAUGGCCAUCCUUCUCAGCUGAAAGUAUUGUACAAGAUAAACAAAACUGGAUAUGGACAAAUUUUAACAUUACAUACCCAAUAUCUACUUACCAUGUGAUGUUUACCCUAACUGAUUUAGAACUUGUACAAAUAUCUACACAUACAUAUGUAUAUAAAUAUGAAGAUAGAUAUGAAGUUGAAAAUGAACAUAAAUAUACAUCACGUCCUACAUCAACCGAACAGUACAAAAUAAGUAUGUUUAAGAUAUGGAGUAGACUUAGCGCAAAGUUUACGAACUUUUCAGAAAUCGUGGCUGAUAAAAUCCUAAAAUCUGAGUGGUACAAGAAACUUCCUAUAAGAAGUACGAGUAGAGAGAUCUACAGUACGAGUAGUACAGAUCUGAUUGCAAUUCCGGCUAUGAAAGAAGAUGUCAUCGGAAAAUGGAUGCUCAUUCUUUAUAAAGAAUCGCUUGUUACUUAUGAUGAAGAAAUAGAUAGCAGUGCCCACAAACGGGAGGUAGCAAGCACACUAGCACGUGGAAUGGUAUAUCAGGCGAUAGAUAAUGCAAUUACACUGUCGGAAUGGUCUCACUUAUGGUUCAAAAAAGGGCUUGCCCCUCUUCUUCAUGUAGAACUUCUAGAUGAGGUUCUUUUAUAUUAUUAACAAGCUUCGGUAACAUUUAUUUUAAUAUUCAUUCAGUCAAAUAAACGUUUUCUUUAUAGAUUUUUCCGAAAUGGCGAUUUCUAGAUUUGUUCGUGGUGCAAGUUCAGCAAGACUGUCUUCGUCUCGAUACAGAUUUCACUAUGAAACCUCUUUCGUAUGAAGUCCGAACACCAUCAGAAAUUAAAUCACUUUUCUCUUUUCCAAUUUAUAUCAAAGGUA